AUGAGAUUCAUCAUUGGUCUCUCGGCCGUGUUCACCAUUGCCUUCGGCGGCAUCAUUCCGCUUCGUCGUGAUUUCUCAGAUCAUCUCUCUCUCGGCAACAUCAGUUGGGCUGGUAUCCUCGAGGAGGGCGGUCCGCGUGUUGAGGUCACUGGCUCUUCGUUCGAGGAUAUUGAGCGUCAGAUUCAAUCCACCAAACCCGACUUCACCUGGGACUCGAUCAAGCCGUUCAACCCUCCCGCCGCUGGCCAAGGCAACACGGAUACCUACGUCAACUGCAACGAGGGCUCUGGCCAGACCUCCGUCGGGCGCAUCGGCGAAGGCAUCGCCUACCUGCGAUCCAAGUCGGGCGACUGCCGUGCGGCGGCGCGCCCCGCGGAGCAGCUACGGUCCUGCGGCCGCGUGAGCUGCAGCUACAACGCCGCCAUCCAGCUAUGUAGCACCGCGACCAAUGACAUUUGGAUGCCGUGCGCGACCAUCGGGGACUACGCGCAGAUCAUCCUCAACCACUGUACCCAGCCCGGCAUCAUUGCGAGCGACGCCCUGGUCCAGGGUACGAAGCACGACCCGACUGGCAUGUUUGUCGAGGUUGGCGAUGACUCGUGCUAG